AUGAACGCCGUCGAUGCGACAGAGCACUACGAAGCCAGGGCUGAUGACCCCAGUCCAUCCCUGUUAACCAUCAUCCUCGACACGAACCCGCACGCCUGGGCUACCCUCGAGGACUCCCUCCCCUUGGCCACCGCCGUCGCCAACCUGCUCGUCUUCAUCGAUGCCCAUCUAGCCUGUAACUACGCCAACGAGGUGGCUGUCGUAGCCUCUCAUACCCACAAGGCUGCGUGGUUGUAUCCUUCGCACGAACAACAACAACAACAAGAACAACAACAACAACAACCCCACCAGAAUGCCCCCAAACAUAUCCGGACAGACGGUGAUGGAGAUGUCGCCAUGAAGGGAGAAACACAGGGGAAAGCUCAGCCCGUCAACAAGUACCGUCCGUUCCGUCUUGUCGAGGAACAGGUCACUCGGAACCUGCGCCACUUGCUCGAGUCCACCGAUCUGGCAGAUGUAAAGGCCUCCUCCUCGACCAUGAUGGCCGGUGCCUUGACUCUCGCCCUGAGCCAUAUUAAUCGGCGAGGUAUCGCUUGGGCGGACGCCCAUGGUGGCGAUUUGGAUACCGCUCAGGAGGGUGCAAGCAGUACUCGACUUAAAGAUUCUGCCACUUCUACUUCUACUUCUUCUACUGGUGAAGGCCUACAGUCACGCAUCCUGGUCCUCUCGGUCAGCAGCUCGACCGACUCCGCCCAUCAGUACAUCCCCAUCAUGAACGCCAUCUUUGCCUGCCAGCGCCUCCACAUCCCCAUCGACAUCUGUAAGCUGCGAGGCGAUGCCGUUUUUCUGCAGCAGGCCGCAGAUGCCACCCGCGGCAUCUACAUGGCCCUCGCCCAUCCAAGCGGCCUCCUCCAGUACCUCCUCAUGGCUUUCCUCCCGGACCAGCGCUCCCGCCGCCAUCUCGUCCUCCCCACCCGCGUCGACGUCGACUUUCGCGCCGCCUGCUUCUGCCACCGCCGCGUCGUCGACAUCGGCUUCGUCUGCUCCAUCUGCCUCAGCAUCUUCUGCGAACCCCCGGAAAACGGUGACUGUCUCACCUGCGGCACCCGCCUCGACCUCGCAGACUACGGCACCAAGCCCGCCGUCCUCGCUCGCAAAAAGAAGAAGAAGAAGCUUCGUCCAAACGGUGCCGCCGCCGCAGACACCCCAACACCGGUCGGUACGCCUGGGCCCUGA